UAUCAAUUCCUGGUUGAUGUGGAGGCCUCUCUCAGGAUAAACAGGUUCUGCUGAGGUUAUUUUAAUUCUAGCUGGCUUUCAGCGGUUCUGGACGUCCUGCUUCUACUGGAUCAGCAGGAAAAUGUCUCCGGCAUCCUCGUUUCACUCUCAGCUCGCCUCCAUCAUGGAGGUUCUGGCUAACACGGCGGUGGCGGAGAUCUGUGAGCUGGUAGACAGCGGCUACGCGGUGCUGCAGCUCGAGAUCUCCCGCAGCCGCAAGGAGAACGAGGUUCUGCGGAGGAAACUGCGGCUCAUGGAGCUCCGAGCGGCGCGAUCUGCCGCACUCCGAGCCGCCGCGAGCGGCAGCGGCAGCGCGCCGUUUUAUGCUAGCGGCGGACGCACGCGCGUCAACCAGCGCGUCCACGAGCAGAGGAGGCACGCGCCACCGACAGGAGUUGGAGAAGAGCUGUCCUUGCCGUCCAAUGAGCAGACGUCUCUGAGCAGAGACACCUGUCCACCAUCAGAACCAGUACAGGAGGCUGCAGAGCAGACGCCUGCUGCAGCUGAGAUGUCGACUGUGAUCAAACUAGAAGAUGAAGACGAGCCGUGGUCCCAACCUGACCCCCACAGUAAGCCUUUCACUGCUUUGUCUGUCCGGAUGGUCGCUGUGGAGUUUCUGAGGAAGAAGCUGAAAAGGAGGCUUCGCCCUCGCCGAUCAAACAGGAAGCAGCAGAUAAAGGAGACGGCGGCUGCGUCUCCUGGACGAGCGGGCAAGUGA